CGUCACUGACUCCCACACACAUCUCCUUCAUACACCAGUUUUACUGUACAACCAUUAACACUUUUUAUUUACACCUGUGCCACGCAUGAAACACUCCAUGGCGUCUUGGUCAGAGGCUAUUUGCGGACUCAAAAUCUUAUUAAGCGACUAGACUGGGCUCGGCGCUUUGGGUUUGUGUAUUUGUGGGCUGCAGGAAAGGUUGGGCGGAGGUGUGAGUUGGAGCCGCUCGUAAGAUACGCAAAAAGGCGUGAAAGUCGGACUGCAGCGCGGUUAAGGACGCCUUGGAGGUAUCCUGUCGCACCUUCCUCUUUACUCUGCCAUCUUUCUGUUGGGUCAAGCCGCCAUUUUUUUUCCUUCAGAGGACCGUUGUUAUCGUUUGAAGGCAACAAAACACGGCGGGACCAUGCUGACGCUGCUGACGUCCAUGUAUCUGGUGGUGCGGGCUGUUUCCCAGCAGGCUGAACCAAUUCGUGUUGUGGUGACUGGUGCUGCAGGCCAGAUUGCCUACUCCCUGCUGUACAGCAUCGCAAAGGGAGAUGUGUUUGGCAAGGACCAGCCAAUCAUCCUGAUCCUGCUGGACAUCCCCCCUAUGCUGCCUGUGCUGGACGGAGUCGUCAUGGAGCUGCAGGACUGCGCCCUCCCGCUGCUGAGGGAGGUCAUCCCCACUGACAAGGUGGAGGUGGGCUUCAAGGACAUCGAUGCCGCCAUCUUGGUGGGCUCCAUGCCCAGGAAGGAGGGAAUGGAGAGAAAGGACCUCCUGAAAGCAAACGUGGCAAUCUUUAAGACUCAGGGAUCUGCUUUGGACAAGUAUGCCAAGAAGAGCGUAAAGGUUUUGGUGGUUGGAAACCCGGCAAACACAAACUGUCUGGUUGCCUCCAAGUCUGCUCCAUCUAUCCCAAAAGAGAACUUCUCCUGCCUGACCCGACUGGACCACAACAGAGCGUGCUCCCAGGUGGCGAUGCGUUGUGGUGUGUCCUCCGGCCAUGUCAAGAACGUCAUCAUCUGGGGGAACCACUCCUCCACUCAGUACCCUGACGUCCACCAUGCCAAGGUGAACGUUCCCGGCGGUGAAAAGCCCGCAUACGAAGCUGUGAAGAACGAUGCCUGGCUCAGAGGAGACUUCAUCUCUACGGUGCAGCAGAGAGGUGCGGCCGUCAUCAAGGCGAGGAAACUGUCCAGCGCCAUGUCGGCGGCCAAGGCCAUCUGUGACCACAUGAGGGAUAUCUGGUUUGGCACCAAGGAGGGUGAGUUCAUCUCCAUGGGUGUUUAUGCUGCUGGAAACUCCUAUGGCAUCCCAGAGGACCUCAUUUACUCCUUCCCCGUCCAGAUCAAGAACAAGUCCUGGAAAAUAGUGGAUGGUCUCGACAUCAAUGACUUCUCUAGAGCCAAGAUGGACGCCACAGCAGCUGAGCUGGUGGAGGAGCGAGACACGGCCCUGGACUUCCUGUCCAAGUGACUGUCCCCUCCUGCUGACCAGCAGCAGCUCUUACAUCCUUGCUGUUCUCGCCUCUGAAGAUGUCCUCCACUGCUAAACCAUCUGAGCUGGAGUCUGUGUGUCACCUCUGAGAGUACGUGUGGAUGUGUGCGUGUGUGUGUGUAACUUGGCCCCUUCUUCAGGUUUCCAGAAAACCUGUUAUAACCUCCACAACCUGGCCUGACCUGUGUCUGUGCAAGACACCAAGACGUCUCUGUUGGUAGAUAAAAACACACACAUUAGCUGUGCAGAAACUGUAACGAACCAUAUUCUCUUCAAUAAAACUAAGAAAUCUGA